AAUCGUACUGAUAUAGAAACCCUAUUCUAUGCAAAUUACAUUAAUGCCACUAUUUAUUUUGGUGCAAAAUAUGUUUUGCUUCAGCGGUUUCUGAUUGGGCUGUGAAAGAGCUUCAGCCUGGGCCUGAGCCCCAGCCUCAGGCGAAAAAAGUCGGUUCUUUCUUUCUCUCUCUGUUUUUUCUGUACUGAAUUCAAGAAUAAUUGGGGUUGGGGGUGAAGAGUGGCAGUGAUGAAUCUUGCGCGCCUUGGAUAAUCACCUUCCUUGGCCCUUUCCUUCACAUUUCGUAUCUAAUUCCUUCUCUUUUUUUUUUUUCUCCUCUCUUUCCCACACACACACACCAAAACAACAACAACAAAAUUGAUAUAACUUCAUUAAUUUCUUUGCACCUUCGACCUACCUUUUCCCCACCAUUUUAGCGACCCUUCUGCUUUAAAAAAAAAAAAAAAAUUUUUUUAGGUUUAUUAUACUGAAUUUUGUUUCAAUUUUGGUGUGAUAAGUUAUUUGAUAAUUCCGUAAUCAAAUUGGCUUUGGUGCUUGUUUACGAGGAAUGAAUGCUGUAACUUAAAGUCUUUAGAAAUUAGGGUUUCGUUUUAGGGUUUUCCUUUUAAGAUGAUUCCAUGGGGCGGCCUCACUUGCUGUUUGAGUGCAGCCGCUCUCUAUCUUCUCGGAAGGAGCAGUGGCAGGGAUGCGGAGCUUCUCAAGACAGUCACUCGAGUCAGUCAACUUAAGGAAUUGGCUCGAUUGCUUGACCUUGAAAGUAAAGUGCUUCCUUUAAUUGUUACAAUCUCUGGAAGAGUUGGUUCUGAGACACCAAUCAAUUGUGAACACAGUGGAUUAAGAGGUGUUAUAGUAGAGGAAACGGCUGAACAGCAUUUUCUAAAGCACAAUGAUGCUGGUUCUUGGAUACAAGAUUCUGCUUUGAUGCUUUCUAUGAGUAAAGAGGUUCCAUGGUACCUGGAUGAUGGGACUGGUCAUGUAUAUGUCAUCGGUGCUCGUGGUGCAUCAGGUUUUGCUCUAACUGUUGGAAGUGAAGUGUUUGAAGAGUCAGGUCGAUCAGUUGUACGUGGAACAUUAGACUAUCUCCAAGGUCUCAAGAUGCUUGGUGUCAAGAGAAUUGAGCGGGUGCUUCCCACUGGUUCUUCCUUGACUGUUGUGGGUGAGGCUGUCAAGGAUGACAUUGGAACAAUUCGGAUUCAGAAGCCCCAUAAAGGGCCUUUUUAUGUGUCCCCCAAAUCUAUUGAUCAACUCAUUUCCAACCUUGGGAAGUGGGCAAGGUGGUACAAGUAUGCAUCGAUUGGACUGACCAUCUUUGGUGUCUUUUUAAUCACCAAGCAUGUAAUCCAUUAUGUUUUGGAGAGAAGACGCCGGCGGGAAUUGCGGCGAAGGGUUCUUGCUGCUGCAGCUAAGAGAUCAGGGCCAGAUAAAGAAGAUUCAACUUGGAAAGCUGAAAAUGGAGAAACCAAGAGGGACCACAUAAUGCCAGAUCUGUGUGUAAUAUGCCUUGAGCAAGAGUACAAUGCCGUCUUCAUUCAGUGUGGUCAUAUGUGCUGUUGUACGACAUGCGCUUCACACUUGACCAACUGUCCUCUUUGCCGGAGACAUAUUGAGCAGAUUGUAAGAGUCUUCCGCCAUUGAAGUUUUGCUUGCUUAUGAGAUUUGGUAAGUGGCAAUCUAAUAGCUGGAAAACCAGGAUCUACGUUUUUAGUCAGAAAUGUAAGAUUUGAGUGGUAUAGAACCCCAUUGACUAGCAAGCACUUCUUUUGUAAAUUCAUAAUUUGCUUGACGUCCUGUAAAUGUUUAGAUUAUUUUUUAAAUUGUUACUUUCAAAUGACCAAUGAUUUAUGUUGUAAUUUAAUAACAGAUGCAGAGGUUUAUAUUUUUUCCGUUCCCGCAAUUUCUGUUGUUGAAAAAUUUGCGCCACCUCUAAAGGUGUUUUCUUCCUUAAGGAAUCAGGAACAAAGAUGCAGAUUAUUCAGAGUUGCACUGUCCAUGGGCAGGUUUGGGCUGGGUCAAGCCUGUUUGUGUGUGUGCGUGUGUUUUCAUUGCCCAAGUUCAAGUUUAUGAUUUAAUUAUUUAUUUUUUGGUUUUGGAAAAAUUAGUUAUGGCAUAGAGUAUGUAUAUCAUGAUCAUCUUUUGAAACACAAUUGAUGGCGAGAAAUCUUUGUAGUUGGGUGAUUUGCUAAGGAUGCUUUGGACUCUUCAGAUGUAUUUUGUACAUUAAUUUUGGAAGUGGCUUAAUUGUGUAAUAGUCAACAUACAAAACGUGAUUAUAUUAUACUUACUAAUAUGGUACUAUUUAUAUGAAAAAAGCAUCGACCUUCAACAGAACGCGAGAAACAUGCAGGUGCCGCGGUUUGUUUGUG